AUGGAAGAAUACGUUGCAGGACUGGAGCAGACCCUUCGCCAGGUCAUCAACUUUGACACCAACGACCAGAUCAAGGAGGCCACGUCCGCGUUGAAGACAAAGUACUUUGCCGAGGCCAACUGUGUGCCUGCCCUUGUUCAUAUUAUCCAGACUUCGCCCCAGAAGGAGAUCCGUCAACUUGCGGCGGUUGAGCUCCGCAAACAGGUGACGAACUGGUGGACUGCCCUAGGACUGGAUGUCAGGACGGCAGUCAAGGCUAAACUCCUCGAAAUCAUUCUGAACGAGCCAGAGUCCCUCCCUCGCCACUCGACAGCACGAGUCAUCGCUACUGUUGGACGUGUCGAGAUCCCCGCCAACACCUGGUCAGAGCUUAUCGCCUUCUUAUUCCAGUGCUCCUCGAGCCCUACCGCAGGACACCGCGAGGUCGGUGUUUAUGUUAUCUAUGCCAUCUUUGAAGUCACUGACGCCUUUGCCGAGAACUUGCGCCAGCUCUUGGAGCUCUUCAGCCGCACUAUCGUCGACCCAGAGUCAUCAGUCGUCCGCACAACAACCGUCCAGGCACUUGGAAAGAUUGCAGACUUUAUCGAGGAUGAUCAAAAGGAGGAGAUUGCCAUGUUCUCCGAGCUCGUCCCCCACAUGGUCAACGUCUUGCAGCAGACCCUGACCGACGGUGACGAAGAGUCGGCUGUCAAGUGCUUCGAUGUCUUUGACCAACUCCUCUUGCUCGAGAUUCCCGUCAUCUCCAAGCACGUCCAGUCCUUGAUCCAGUUCUUCUUGAACAUCGGUAGCAAUAAGUCCUACGAACCCAUUGUACGUGUUCAGGGUCUCUCCUUCCUCAUGUGGGCUGUUGUGUAUAAAAAGACAAAGAUCCAGCGCCUCAAGCUUGUUGGCCCUAUGAUCCAGGCUUUGAUGCCAAUCGCUGCAGAGGAGGAACCCGAGGAUUUGGACGAGGACUCUCCUGCCCGCCUCGCCUUCAAGGUCAUCAACACCCUCGCCACCAACUUACCCCCUCAGCAGGUCUUCCCUAUCGCUGCUGAAGGUAUUCUGACCUACAUGCAGAACCCCGAACCCUUGUUCCGUAAGGCUGCAAUGGUCACACUCGCUGUCCUGGUUGAGGGCUCUGUCGAUUUCAUCCGCCCCAAGUUCAACGAAUUGUUGACUUUGGUCUGCACUGGACUCCGCGACCCUGAUGCAACUGUUCGCCGCGCUGCCUGCAUGGCUUUGAGCUCUCUUGCCGAAGAGUUUGACGAGGAGGUUGCGGAGAACCACGCUACGCUGUUGCCCUUGGUCUUCAACCUCAUGAACGAGCCCACACCCGAGAUUACCAAGCAAGCCUGCAACGCUCUGGAUGCAAUUUUGGAAGGUCUCGGCGACAACAUUCUUCAAUACCUUCCCGAACUUAUGCAAAAGUUGAUUCACAUGCUCGAGAACUCUCAGGGAGAGACCCGCGCCAUCGUUGUCGCUGCUAUUGGUAGUGCCGCUCAUGCUUCGGGCCAAGAGUUCACCCCUUACUUUGUCGAGGUCACCAAGCGUCUCCAGCACUUGAUGUCCCUUCGCUCGAACGACGACGAGAUUAUGCUUCGUUCCGUCUCUACCGAUGCUCUCGGUGCCAUCGCCGUUGCAGUCGGCAAGGAGGCUUUCCGCCCAUACUUGAACGACUUGAUGCUGUUGGCCAUGGAGGGAUUGCAUCUGAGUAACAACCGUCUUCGGGAGUGUGGAUUCUACUUUUUUGCAGGAAUCGCUCAGGUCUUUGCGGACGAAUUCGCUCCAUACUUGGAGGCUAUCGUCCCUCAAUUGAUCCACUCAUGCAAGCUGGACGAGAACACCACCCGCUUGGAGAACGAUAUCGAGGAUCUGGACGAGCUCGAAGGAGAGGAAGGCGAGGAGGACAGCUACGUCUACAAGUCUGCUAUUGCAGACGAGAAGGAGGUUGCUGCUGAUACCAUUGGUGAACUCUUCCAGUACACAGGAUCUGCCUUCUUGCCCUAUGUCGAGUCGACCGUCGAGCAGCUUUUGGAACUGUCGACCCAUUUAGCCGACGGUGUGCGCAAGGCCUCUUGCCGUUCGCUGUUCAACUUUUUGCGCGCCUUUUACAAGUUGUCCAACUCUCAGGAAUGGGUGGCUGGUCUUCCUGUAACUGUCCCUCUCCAUGAGAAUGUCGCCCAGCUGAACACUUUGGUGAUGCCCGCCAUCCUCGCCGUCUGGGAUGAAGAGGAUGAAAAGAUGGUUGUGUUCCAGAUUUGCAACGAAAUGGUUGAGACUGUUCGGCUCUGUGGCCCUGGUAUCAUUGCUGAUCACAUCGAUGAUAUUGCUGCAAAGCUGCAGUUGCUAUUUGAGAAGAAGGCAUACUGUCAGCAGGAGCUUGUUGAUGACGAGGGGCUCUUGGAGGAGGACGAGCAGGCUGAAUACGACGCAUUGUUGAUCACUGGAGCAUCGGAUCUCGUUGGAGCCUUGGCUGCUGUUCUUGGUGCCAGCUUUGUGCCCUAUGCCCAGGUGUUCAUCCCCCACAUUGCCAAGUACUACAAGAAGUCCAAGCCAAGCAGUGAGCGGUCGAUGGCUAUGGGGUGCUUGGGCGAGAUCGCAAACGGAAUGAGCACUGGUAUCACCGACUUUACCGAGCAGCUGUUCCCUCUUAUCGUAAAGGGUCUCAGCGACGAGGAGGAUGAGGUCCGAAGCAAUGCCGCCUUUGCCAUUGGUGCUCUUUGCCAGAACACAACUAUUGAUCUCUCCUCGCACUAUCCCGCCCUUUUGCAAGCACUUUACCCCUUGUUCCAGGGACAAGAUCUGUCGAAUGUGACAGACAAUGCGUGUGGUGCGGUUGCUCGUAUGAUCAUGAAGCAUCCCAACGUUGUGCCUGUGGAACAGGUGCUGCCUGUCUUUGUCCAGGCCUUGCCAUUGAAGGUUGACUUUGAGGAGAACGAGCCUGUCUUCAAGUUGUUGUUCUCGUUGAUUCGUGCCCAGAAUGCAUGGAUCUUUGCCAACUUGGUUCAGCUGCUGGCCGUCUUUGCUGAUGUGCUCCCUCGCGAGGGUGAGCUCAAGCCUACCACCCGUCAGGAGAUGAUUGAGAUUGUCAAGCAGCUCAACCAGCAGUUCCCUGCCCUCAACAUUGCCUCCACCCCUCUUGGCGCCUUCCUGUAG